AGCUCAAGUAUAAAAUUGAACAUACAAACCAUCCGUUUUUAUACAGGAAGAGCUAAAGCAAAUAAUGUCAUCAAACUUCUUAUAUUUCUCCCUUGCUCUAAUAAUCAUUACACUCUCCUCCACACCUAAUUUCUCUUGUGCUUCUUUAGAGGAAGCCAAUGCUCUUCUUAAAUGGAAAGCAAGCCUUGAAAUCCCAAACAACUCCAUUCUCUCUUCAUGGUUUCCACUCCAUAUGAAUUCCAAUGCAUCGUUUCCAUGUAGUUCUUGGCUUGGAGUAGUUUGCAAUGUUGAUGGGAGCAUUCAGAGGCUAAACCUCAGUUCAUCUGGCUUAAAUGGUACGCUUCAUCAAUUUUCAUUCUCUUUGCUACACGGUCUUACUUAUUUUGAUCUCAGUGUCAACAACUUCUCUGGCCCCAUCCCAUCAGAAAUUCGCCUCCUGUCCAAACUUGAAUAUCUUGAUUUUUCAGUGAAUAAGUUUUCUGGAGUAAUCCCACCUGAAAUAGGAAACCUGCACCAGCUAACCAUCUUGUACCUAUACUCAAACAAUAUAUCUGGCUCAAUUCAUUCAUCAUUGGGAAAUUUGACAUCUUUGAAUGUCCUUUAUUUGUACUACAAUCAACUCUCUGGUCCCAUUCCUAUUCAACUUGGGAAUUUGAAGUCUCUCAUUGAUUUUCAGAUGGGAUACAAUCAACUUAGUGGUUCUAUUCCUUCAUCACUAGGAAACCUAAGCAACCUACAUUAUUUGUACCUCAAUGAUAAUAGAUUAUCUGGUCCCAUUCCUAUUGAACUUGGGAAUUUGGAGUCUCUUACUCAUCUUGCGGUGGGUAACAAUCAACUUAAUGGUUCUAUUCCUUCAUCACUAGGAAACCUCAGCAACCUACAGACUCUGUACCUCUUUAAAAAUAGAUUAUCUAGUCUCAUUCCUUCAGAACUUGGGAAUUUGAAGUCUCUCACUAAUCUGGGUUUUAGUGAAAAUCAACUUAGUGGUUCUAUUCCUCCAUCGUUGGGUGAUCUGACAUCUUUAAAUGUCCUUUAUUUGUACCACAAUCAACUCUCUGGUCCCAUUCCUAUUGAAUUUGGGAAUUUGAAGUCUCUCACUGAUCUUGAGGUUAGCAACAAUCAACUAACUGGUUCAAUUCCUUCAUCAUUGGGUAAUUUGACAUCUUUGAUUGUCCUUUAUUUGGCCCUAAAUGAACUCUCUGGUCCCAUUCCUAUUGAACUUGGAAAUUUGAAGUCUCUCACUUGUCUUGAUGUGAGAAAGAAUCAACUUAAUGGUUUUAUUCCUCCAUCUUUUGCAAACCUCAACAACCUACGGACUCUGUCUUGUCGUGAAAAUAAAUUAUCUGGUUCGGUUCCACAAGGAUUGGGAAAUCUAGUUGGGCUUGAGCUGUCAUAUAAUCAUUUUUCUGGCAAUUUGCCUGAAGAUUUGUGCCAUUGGGAAAAGCUUCGAUUGUUAGUAGUAAAUGAUAAUCAACUCACUGGGCCUAUUUCAAGAGGCUUACGGAAUUGUUCUAGCUUAAUUAGGGCUCGUUUUGAUCGAAAUCAUUUCAUUGGAGAUAUAUCCUAUAGCUUUGGCAUCUAUCCACGUUUAAAAUACCUUGAUAUCAGUCACAAUAAUUUUCACGGGCAGCUUUCUCAAAACUGGAGUAAAUGCAAGAAUUUGACAUCCUUAGUGAUGGCCUAUAACAACAUCAGUGGUAGCAUACCACCAGAGUUUGGAAAUUCAACUCAACUACAAAGACUUGAUCUUUCUUCCAAUCAUUUGGUAGGUGAAAUCCCAAAGGAGUUUGGGAAGAUGAAAAGUAUGUUGAAUUUGUUCUUGGCUAAUAACCAACUUUUAGGUAUUAUACCUCUAGAGCUGGGAUUUUUAAAACUUCUUGAAGUACUCGAUCUAUCCACAAAUAGAUUGAAUGGGUCAAUACCAAAAAGUAUUAGUCAAUGGGAACAUAUCCACCACUUGAAUCUUAGUAAUAACAAACUCAGUGAGAAAAUUCCAUCUGAGAUUGGUAACUUAGUUCAUCUUACGGAACUUGAUUUAUCUCAGAAUUUGCUCACACAUGAGAUACCAUCUGAAGUUCAAAGUUUGAAAAAUCUACAAAAGUUGAAUCUUUCUCACAAUAGACUAUUUGGUUCUAUUCCUAAUGCUUUUACUACUUUGCCUAGUGGCAUUGACAUCGACCUGUCCAACAAUGAACUCACAGGUCUAGUGCCCCUUUGCUCCAACUUUGUGAACGCAUCCUUACAAGGCAAUCCAGGUCUGUGUGGAAAUUUUACAGGACUAAAAUUUUGUGCAAAUCAAAUCUCAAAGAAGAAAAAUGAUCCCUUUCAUCAUCAGCUCAUCCUGAUAACUAUGCUCCCUCUUAUCGGGGCAACUUUACUAGGUUUUUUCAUGUGUGGCCUCAUUGCUUAUCGAAAACAAAAGAGACAUUCUCCACAGAAACCAUUGGAUAAUGAAGAUGGUGAUUACUUCUCCAUAACAAAUUUUGAUGGAGGAGUAGUGUAUGACGACAUCUUGAAAGCAACGGACAAUUUUGAUGAAGCAUAUGCUAUUGGGACCGGAGGAUAUGGGACUGUGUACAAAGCCGAGCUACAACCUAACAAUGUGGUAGCUGUCAAGGAACUUCAUUCAUCAUCAUCUGAGAAUGUUGAUCAAAAUGGAUUCCUUAAUGAGGUACGAGCAUUAACCAACAUAAGGCAUCGAAACAUAGUGAAACUUUAUGGAUAUUGCUCACAUGCCCGCCACUCGUUUUUGAUUUAUGAAUACCUCGAAAAGGGAAGCCUUGGAUCAAUCUUAUGCAAUGAGAUCUUAGCAAAAGAACUGGAUUGGUUAAAAAGGGUCAAUAUUGUAAAGGCUGUAGCUAAUGGUUUGGCUUAUAUGCAUCACGAUUGCACACCACCUAUAAUUCAUAGAGACAUUUCCAUUGCCAACAUCCUUCUUGAUUCUGAUUAUGAGGCACAUAUUUCUGAUUUUGGCACAUCCAAGCUUUUAAAGCUAGACUCAUCCAAUUGGACCGCAGUUGUUGGGACCUAUGGUUAUAUCGCACCAGAGCUUGCUUAUACGAUGGUGGCAACCGAGAAAUGUGAUGUGUAUAGCUUUGGGAUUGUUGCACUAGAAGUGAUCAUGGGGAAGCAUCCUGGUGAACUACCAACAUUGUCUGCUGAUUAUCUGGUGUUGGCAAAUGUUGGAGAUAGUCGGAUUCCACUUCCUUCACCACAAGUUGAGAAACAAGUAAAUUUGGCACUCAAUCUUGCAAGAGCAUGUUUGAACUCAAAUCCAAAAGAAAGGCCAACAAUGCGCCAAGUUUCAAAUCUGUUCAUGAAGGAUCUGCUGUGAAUUGACAUCUCUGGUUCCCUGAUACUGUGUACUUCCAAUGUGUAAUUUUCUUAAGUUUCCUAUGAUGCAUCUAGAUUAUAUGUAUUAGUUUGAACGCCUAAUGGGUAAAAAAAUUUCAUAUGUUUUAUAGCACCAUGUAGUAUAACUAUAAUGUGGAGACCUGUAUACUGUGUAUGUGAUCGUUCUUGAGCAAAGAAUAUACGAAUAAUUGCAUCAAAA